CUGCUUGUCUUCAGAGACGUAGAUUUCGCAAUUAGGGACGGCACUUCUCCCUGAAAUUUCUGCUUCUCAAUAUGAUCUGAUAUUGUGUUUAGAGCUGGAGUUUGGCGUGCAAUUCGAUUUCGGUGGGUUGAGUUGCCCCGUCAAAGGAUUUUCCGCAGGGUUUUGAACACCAAUUUCCCCCAAACUUCUCGUAGCGCACUUGUCAGAUGGAAAUGAAUGCGGAGAAGAAGCCUGCUUACGACAUGAACUCUUAUGGAUCUGAUAGAAUCUCUAACCUACCCGACUCAAUUAGGCAGCAGAUACUUUCGUUUCUAGAAACCAGGGAAGCUGUUAGAACAAGCAUUUUGUCAAGCCGUUGGAGGGCAUUAUCCAAAAGCUUGCCCUCUUUACAUCUAAAUGAUUCCUGCUGUUAUAGACGAUUGAGUGGUGGUGAGGAUGAUGCUCUUAAAGCGAUGGAGUCACCUCUUAGUUUGAGGACAAAUUUGUAUGCCUUUUUGGAUCGAGCUAUGAAAUCAGAUAUGGAUAUAAAUAAGCUUAAUCUAUGCCUCAUCCAUUUUGAUCCAGAGUUGGAAUCUCGCUUGGAUGGUUGGCUUGCUAGUGCUGUUACGCGCCAUGUCAAAGAGUUGGAAUUGAAAAUUUGUGGAUGGGAACAUCGUACAUAUAGUUUUCCCGAGGAUGUUCUUGUCUCCAAAGUCAUCCAAAAAUUGAAAUUGGUGAAUUGUAAGUUGAGCUCACCAUUGUUGGUGGAUGGCCAAUUACUUUGUUUGCGAGAAAUAUUCCUUGCACAAGUUAUUGCAGACAAUGCGUGCAUGAAGAUUUUGCUUGCUAGUUGCCCCUACCUUGAAAUAUUAACUCUUAAAGACUGUUAUGGUUUGGCGAGACUAGAAAUCUGUUGUCUUAUGAAACUUGAAAAAGUAGUUUUUGAGUACCAUGGGAGAGAAGUGCAAGUGGUUAAGAUUGAGGCCCCCAAUCUUUGUGAGCUUAGUAUUGUUUCUGAUGGCGACAUAGAAUUUGAAUUUGAUUUUGGGUCUUGUAAGAAACUAAAAGUGCUGGAAAUAGAUGGCUGUCUGUUGGAUGACAAAGACUUAGCCAACUUUCUGAAUAAUCAUCCAAUUCUCGAACGCCUGGUAGUGAAAACUUGUCCAAUGUUGCAUCAUGUUGAGGUUUCGAGUCAAAAUCUUCUCGAAUUGGUUUUUGGUGACUGUGAGUGUUUGGAAAAAGUUAUAAUUGAUGCUCCCAACCUCAAAUUCUUCUUUUAUGAUGGAGAAGAUCCUAUAACCUUGGCGUGCAAGGGUCCACCUCUCAAGUUGAAAGAAGCUUCCAUUAUCUUUAAUUCUUUCUAUCAAUUGUGGUUUCAUGACGUACUCAAAUCCCUUGCAAGGCUGAGAUGGACUGAACGAUUGUCGCUUCAGGUGGCUAACGAUGAGGAUGUGAUUAUUCCGGAGUCAGUGAGGACGAACUAUAAUCCUCCCCUAUAUGCUGUCAAGCAUCUGAUGAUAAAGUUCCGUGAAAAAUUGGAGCAUCCUGCUCAAGUUAUCGAGUCUCUGUUGUGGCUUGCUCCUCAUCCUGAAACUAUAUGCAUAUUCAAUAGUAAAAGUUCUGCUAGGAAGGAACUCAAGUUCACGUACCAACAACCAUUGACGGACAAGAAAUGUUGUUGCUGUGAAGAUCUGCCUGUAAAUUGUUGGAGGCACUCCCUUGUUGAAGUGUGUAUCGAGAAUAUACAAGGAUAUGGUGAUGACACAGAGCUUGAAGCUUUCUUCCACAAGGAAAGGAUUGAUGCAAAGAUCAAGUUCUCCUCCAAGUACAUAUCGAGUUAUUCUAAAUGAAAGAAGAUCUUUGUGAAUUGCUAAAUCAUUCAGGUUACAAGUGGUCUUAGGGUAUCCAUUGUUUUUUUCCCAUGACUUUGGACAAAAUCUGAUGCAUUAGGUUGUGUUUUGUUUUUGGGAAAAUGGUUCACUUAGGGAAGUAUUUUUCCAACAUCUUGUUUGGUGAAAAACCAUUCUUUUAAAAGCAGAAUACAUUGUCUACUCUUGAGCAAGGAAUGCCAGGCGCGGGAAAAGAAGAGUGGUGAAAAGUUGUGUGGUAAUUAUAUCACUCUUGGCGUGACUGAGAUAGCCCCAGACGAAAAAUAUACCGUGGUCGUUUUAUUUAUCUCGGUAUGGUUGAGGUAGCACCGUACCCUCUCCGACCCAAGUAAAUUAUUUCGUCUACAUUUUGGAGAUUUGUUUAUCUUACUCGAUUUUUUAUAUAAAAAAUGUCAUUUCAUAAAUCUAAUGUGAUUAUACUUGUUUAUUAGGUACAACCCCGCAGAGAAGCUUUGGUAUGGGAUUUAACUAUUUUCUUUUUGAAUUUUGUUAUCAAGAGCACUUUAGGUGAAAUGUUUUAGUUUAUAUGGAGAGAUCACAAGGAGUUUUAUAUUCCAGGAAUGAAGACUUCUCACAGAAAGAAUGCAUUUGGGUAGAAGAAAUUAAUAUGAAGAAACAUCAUUGUGGUAAGAAGGUUACUUUCU